AUGUCGUCGCCUGCGCGGGCGCCCGCCGCUCCUAUACCCCCCGGCGCGGGUUCCCUCCCACCGGGGCCAGGGCCGUCCCGACAAAGAUCCCUUAAAGACAGACUCAAGGAUGGCAUUACGGGACCAUUCCACUGGCAUGAAAUUCAGGAACCAAAUAGUGACGUUCCUAAUUUAAAACUCUUCUCGGUUAAACGCCGCUUGCACAGAUUACUAAGACAGCUUGCUUCAAUGUCCUACAGUCCAGAGUUCUUUCUUAUAUCCUCUACGCUGGUGGUGCAGCACUAA